GCCCGCGGCCGCCACGCCCGCGCCGCGCGCCAGGCCACGUGACCGCAAGCACCGCCGCAAGGGCGGGCGCUGGUCCUCGUCCACCUCCUCCUCCUCGUCCUCCUCGUCGUUCGAGUCGUCGUCCUCGUGGGCGAGCGUUGCCGACGGCAACGGGUCCGCCCACCGGGAGACGACGGCCUCCCGCCGCGCCCACAAGCACUGGCACCACGCGAACAGCAGCGGCAGCGGCGGCGGGAGCGAGAGCUUCACCCACCGCGCGAAGCUCUCUCGGGAUUACGUGUUGCACCACAAACACGACCACAACCACAAGCACCACAGCGCCCACCACCCGCACCACCACCUGCACCACCUGCACCGCCAGAAGGCGCGGCCGCCCGAGUCGGCGGCGCAGCUGCUGGGGGAGGCGGGGGCGGGGCCGCCGAAGCCGUCGCCGUCGCCG